CAUCUCGUCACAUGGCCACUUUGCUACCAAUUUCUCUUGAAGCAGUCACUCGUUCCCCACAGCAUCACCCUGGCCUCCUCAUCUAUUAGAUUACCCGUAGCUCAAGAGCCGAACAAGACCCGGUGGUGUUACACCUACUCAUAUGGAGAAACUACGACUCUCAAGAAUAUUGCACCGAUCGCAUUUCCCAAACCGUGUGUAAAGACUAGUCAGUUCACUGCAGGCGUAUAGACGUUAAACCAUGAUCCUACGUGCUUGCGGGGAGCCAUGGUCCCACAAAACAAGCAUUCAUAAAGCUUGACCAUCUUAGCUAUUCUCCUCUGCUCUUUGACAUACAGGAAUCUCUCUAGAAUUGACAGAAUGCUUCAGCUCAAAUUUCUCCAUCUAUGUUUUCUUAUCGUCCCAGCGCUGGCUGGGAUGACCAAAACUGGCUCCCUUUGUACAGUUACCCCGUCCGGUUCCAAGGAUGAUAGUCCUUACAUGAUGGACGCCUUCAAGCAAUGCGGACAAAACGGUCAGAUCGAAGUCACAAAAGGUGACUAUACCAUCGCCAAAGUAAUGGACGUCUUGAACCUGAAGAACUGCGACAUCUCUAUUCGCGGCAAACUGACCUGGAGCGAUGAUAUUCAAUAUUGGGUCAAGAAUAGUGUAGGCGUGACGUAUGCUCAGCGAAGUACAGCGUUCCGCCUAGGGGGCGAGAACUUCACUCUACAGGGACACGGCGAAGCGCUUUUCUUUGGCAACGGGCAGAAGUGGUAUGACGCAAAUCGUGAUGGAAGCAAUAUGGCUGGUCGGCCGAUCAGCUUGACACUCUGGCAAGCGAAGAAUGUAUGGAUUGAUGGAAUCACUUGGAGACAGUCACAAUUCUGGCACACGUUUGUCGCCUACUCGCAGAACGUCACCAUGACAAACCUCGACAUGAACGCCACUUCGUCUUCACAAUGGGGCACUGUCAACACCGAUGGCUUCGAUAGCUGGAACUCACAAGACAUAGUGCUCAAAAAUUGGGUUGUGACAUGCGGCGAUGAUUGCAUAUCGGUCAAAGGUAACAGCAAGAACAUUUACGUCAAAAACGCAACCUGUUACGAGUCCGGUGCCAUGGUCAUCGGAUCAAUGGGAAACCCUACUAACGUUCCUGAGACGGUUGACAAUGUACUUUUCGAAGACAUUACUGCAAUUCAUAGUUCCAACGCAGCUUGGAUCAAGACGUAUCCCGGUCAAGGCCAUGUCAAAAACGUCACCUUCCGUAAUAUCAAGUUUCAAGACGUUAAUCAACCCAUCUACGUCUCGCCUUGUAUUUACAGUUACCAAAACUGCGACUCGAGUCGGUUAAAGAUUAGCGACAUUACGUGGGAGAACAUCACAGGCACUUCAAGAUACAACGUGGCUGCAGCGAUUUAUUGCAGUCGCGGAGUACCUUGCACGGGUCUGAAGUUUAAGAACAUUGAUAUCAAGCCUAAGAAUGGAGGCACUGCGAAGAUACUGUGUUCAAACAUGAACAGCGACAGUGGAUUGGCAUGUACUGGUACGUGUCCAGCGGGAUGGAAGCAGCAGUUGAGCGGAAACGCGUAAGAAUAGAUUAGCAUACUCGGAGCGCUUAGCUACUACCUGCAUACAAAGC